UCAGUUGCUCGAAAAUGAUGUUGCGUUAAAGAAGCGCGUGUGGAUUUUACCCGCGAAGACACGCUCAUCUGCCUGCGAGAAGCGCGAGGCUGUACGGAUUUGGCGCGCCUCAAGCACUCCAUCUCUGAACGCACGGUGGGAGUUUGGUGGUGGCCGAGGAGUCAGAUCGGAGCAAUGCCUUCCAUGCCAUCAGUCACCAGCGAGCCAUGUCAAAGGAGACGCUGGCAGGUGCUUGUAUGGGUUGUGAUGUCUCUGCUGCCCCUAGUGGCAGGGGGCAGGUCACGUUUUCGAGCAGAAUCAGAAGCUGCGGUGGGAUUUGGUGCCGCAGGAGUUGAGGAUCCACCCUUGGAGGCUUUUCCAGAUGUUGAAGAAGAGCUCGAGGAGGGCAGUGACUCCCCGUGGCAUGGUCUCUUUGAGCCAUCUGUUCUCAUUGAGGACGACCAGCAGCCAGCACGAUGGGAACGUUCUCCUCGCUCACCGGAUACCUCGGACAUACAGACCAAAGGUGCACGCAAGAAAAAGAAGAAAAAAGAGAAGGAGGAAAAGAAGAAGAAAGAUAAAAGCAGUAGAGGAAGGCACAGCAGUCGGGACUGCCGUGUUGAGAAACGUGAGAUGCGUGUACGGGACCUUGAUAUGGGUUUUGAAUCGGAUGAGAUCAUCCUCUUUAAGUUCUGCGUGGGCUCCUGCCAGAGGUCUCGGGGGAACUAUGACUUAGCUCUACGUGCUUUGCUGGCCAACGGUAGUCUGCCUAAGCGCACCGCCAGGAAGGUAAGCGCGCACCCUUGCUGCCGCCCCACAGGCUAUGAACCGGUCUCCUUUAUGGAUGCUACCACAACCUGGAGAACCAUCAAGUCACUCUCCGCAUCAGACUGUGAAUGCGUGGGAUGAGGCGUGCUGAAAGAGUGGAGGGGGAGCAUGACCUGAAAAAAUGGUGCAACGGUCAACAAGGGGAACGGAGGAACCGGGAAGCCUCCUGGGCCAUGGCUGCAGAACAAGGUCGGGCUGGGUUGGCCGUGGUGUUAUGCUGUGAGGGAUUUUGGUUUUGGCUGUGAGUGAUUCACAACAGCCUGCACAUACAAACUUUCAUCACACCAAACCUCAAAAGAAAGCUUAAAUGGAGUCAGAAUACGCGAAAGACUCAAUGUGGAGAAAGUUUGAGGAUGGAAGAAUGGCAACGUUGGAUCGUCCAUCUGAAUGGCUCUAUAAACAAAAACUACAUGUUAUAACUCGACACGCAUUUGCUUACCAGGAGUUUCAUCAGACUUGGAUAAAGCAUGAAAUCCUUUUUCAUUUGUCAGCCAUUUGUUGAUCCUGGAUGUCAGUGCCCAUUUUCCUGGCCUUCGGUCUGGCAUGUUAUUUGUUUCAGCCAGACUAGCAACAUUUGGAUCGUUCAUUAUUAUCAGCACAUUAUUGCUGCAAUUACAAUGUAAUUGCACAAACAUAUGUGGAGUAUUAUUAAAAGUUUAGCCCACAGAAAACACAAAGGCCAGUUAGUAUUACCUUUCAGCUGGAAGGUUGAACUUAGUUGCUGUAGGAUUUUCAUUUCUCAGGUUUUUUAAAG